AUGGUGUCGCCACCCGUGUUGCCACCUUUGACUCCACCAGAGGGUGAUACACCUUCCACCGUGCCCUUCGAAGUGGUCAUGCCAGCACCUCGGUCGGCUGAGUGCCAUGGAGAGGACGAUGGUUACAAGUCUCCUCGGCACAUGCUGGAUACUGCUGAGAGGGAUGCCCUCAUGGACCAGAGCUUUGUGUAG